CAGCACUACUUUGAGUGACAUGUUGUAUGAAUUGCGACUGCUUUAGACUUGCCAAUAAUGUAAUGUCAUUGCUGUUUUUCUUCUUACUAAUCUAACUAGUCUUACUAAUACAGUAAAAAUGGAAAACAAAUCUUUUGGGUUCAACUCUGUGUUAACCCUGGACCCCUUUGUUAUUCCACCUGGAGGAAAGUAUCCCAUAUUUUUUCUUGGUAUUACAAUUUAUUUCUUUGGCAUUUUUUGCAACCUGACCUUGCUGACUUUGAUCACUCUGAGGAGGAACCUUCACAAGCCCAUGUAUUUUAUCCUGUUUAGUCUUCCACUCAAUGAUCUGAUUGGCAUAACUGCAAUGCUACCAAAAGUACUUUCAGACAUCCUUACAGAGACAAAUAAGGUUUACUAUCCUCUGUGUGUUUUACAAGCAUUCUUGCUUCACAUGUACGGUGGUGGAGUUCUGUUCAUUCUUGCAGCAAUGUCUUUUGAUCGUUACGCUGCCAUCUGCAUGCCGUUACGCUACAGCUCUAUUAUGACCCCCAGAGUUGUCAUCUGUAUCAUCUCUCUUGUUUGGGGUCUUGACUUUGUCUUGAUUGUAUCAUUGUUCUCUUUGCAGACAAGAAUUCCGAGGUGCAAAUCUGUUAUUAUGAAUGUGUUCUGUGAUAACCCAUCUCUACUGAAGCUCACAUGUGGAAACACGACGGUCAAUAAUAUCAUAGGAUUAUUUAAUACAGCUCUCAUGCAAAUUGUCAGUGUGUCUGUCCAGACAUUUUCCUAUGUGAAGAUACUCAUCACGUGUGUGGUUUCAAGGAGGUCUGAUGCAAAGAUGAAAGCUGUCAACACGUGUGUUGCGCAGUUGGUUAUAAUAAUCAUAUUUGAGAUUGUGGGAACUUUCACAAUUUUAUCGCAUAGGUUCAAAAAUGUCUCAGCUGACUUGCAAAAGAUAAUGGGCAUGCUGAUAUUUCUUUUACCUCCGCUUCUCAAUCCAAUUGUAUAUGGGCUGUAUACUAGUGAAAUACGAAACACUCUGCUGAGAGUCUUAAAAACGAGAAGAAGAAUAUCUGUCUGAACUUCACUCAUCAUCAUCAUCAUUUGUACAGUACAUACAAUACAAUAUGCAAUAUCAUGAACAUGAACUUGAACACAAACUUGAAUUACUUUUGCUCAUUGUGGAAAUCCUUCAUUCUAUAUGGAAAUAUUGUUUUCUAGUGUAGGACAGGUAAUUUUAGUCUGCAUUUGAGAAACCUUUAUUUUUGUUGAUAUAGUUUUUCAUCAAUGAUAAUAAUAAUAAUAAUGAUAAUAAUAACAAUUCACUUUUGUAAAUAUAUUUAUCCCAGUCACUUCUAAGAGUUUUUGGACUUGAGUGUUGUGUUGAAAAUUCAUAAUGAUGAAGUGAAACUGAGUGAAACUGUGAAUCUUACUGCAAUAAUCAACAUAUGUCACCUGACUAUGUAAGGAUGUUUGCCUACAAUUUAAAAAAGUAAAAAUAAAACAAAAUAGCUUUUAUUGUGAGUGGUUCUUUUGUGUUUAUUUUGAUGUGUGAUGUUUGAGUGCUUUACCAUUAAGUAAUUGUGUAUAAUUCUAGAUGGAGCUAUAGGUGUCAUACUAGUCUAAUAUGUAAUACUUGAACAUUAUAUUUAUAAAGUCUUAUGUAAAACAUCUUGGAUAUGAAGCAUGUUCUUUGCGUUUUCUUAUCCUCACAUUUGAUUGUAUGUUUAGAUAUUGUUUUCUGAAGAAGAGCGAACUUUCUAAUCUGUCUUUCAAAGUGUUCAUAUUUUCAUUUACUGACUAUGCACUGCAUGCAUCAUGGCUACCUGGUGUCUAAAGUGCAAACAACCUAUGUACAAUGUAUACAAGAUCUGCUGAUGUUUGCUGUGUGGUUCUUUAAUAAAAUCCAGAUAUUUUGAGAACAA